CUAUUCCUCCGCUACUAGAGCGCGCGCGGUGUUUUACUGUUUUGUCCUCAAUGGCGGUUUCGCUAAUCACCCCGGGCAACCGAGAGAAGCGUCGUAGUGACAACGGACAGAACAGUGAUGGACGGCAGACGGUCUCCCUCCCUCCAUCUAGACCUGACUAACUUCGAAGACGGUGGUAUCAGCCGGUAUGUACUCACCAGCCCCCGAUCCCUGGAGGCCUGUGAACUGCUGGGAGUGCGGCCUGUGGAUUUGCUCUUCAAGUCCUAUGGAGAGGUCAGAGGGGAGAACCCGGGGGCCUCCAGCCAGGAGGUCAGUGAGAUGUAUGAGGCUCAUGAGCUGGAGAGGCUGAAGAAGCUGAGGCUGUGCAGGGAGCUGAGGAAGAAUCUGCUGGAUAGUGAUGGUGACCUUGGGGGUCCUGACUCCUCCAGGACCACCCCCACCUCUCAGGAUCGCCGCAAUCACAGAAACACCAUAAUCUCCCACACUCAGAAUCCCUGCAACCACCGAAAAAACAUAACCUCCCCAACUCAGAAUCCCUGCAACCACCGAAAAAACAUAACCUCCCCAACUCAGAAUCCCUGCAACCACCGAAAAAACAUAACCUCCCCAGAUCACUGGGACUACUUGGACGUUACAACAUCCCGAAGCUACCAAGACCUCUCUAACACCAAGGCCUCUCCAGCCAAGGGUCACAGAGGUGAAGGGGAGAUGCUGAGAAGUCUAAGUCAAGGAAACCUGCAACCAGAAGUGCAAGUCCGCCAUCUUACUCGUAUGGUGGAGAAAGAAAUCAAGGUGUCCGUGCCAGAGAGGGAUAAGAAGAUUGCAGCCCUGAUGUUACUCAGACACCAAAACGAGGAGAUUUCCAAGCAGAGGAAGCUGCAAGCCCAACAAGCCUGGGAAGACCUCCGCAGCAAGGAGAGGCUCAUCCGAGAAGCUCUGAGCAAACAUGACUGGACUGAUCGGUGGCAGAACCGUAGAAAGUCCCCCAGAAGCUCCAAACUGGAGUGGCAGCUGGAUGCCGUCCGCUAUUUGAACGCUCAGGAGUGUAAGACGUUGACCGCCGAAGAGCGGAUCCUUCUUAAAGAUGGCAUGAAGAAAGUCCAAAGAGAUCUACAGUCAAAGAGGCGAACGCAAGAGAAAGACUACGGAGAAAUGGGCGACCGUCUUCUGGAGGAACGCAUGCUGCAAGCAUUUAAGUCCAAGAUGAUCAAAGACUUACAGGACAAGAAGAACAUCCAGUUCAAGAAUAAAUAUGAGAAGCUAAGACAUUCCCGGCUAAAGGAGGAGGUGGACAGCCAGGUGAAAGCCGAGGAGCGCUCCAUGAGGAGGAGUAUAGAGCAGAAGGAGCGGCGAUUCCGGGAGAUGUAUGAGCAGAUCCAGGAGGAACGCCAGAAGGAGAUACAAGAGAAGGUGUCCAGGGAAGAGGGGAUGAUCGCCAUGGCGAAAAUACGAGCGGAACAACGGGAGAAGGAGCAAAUAAGACAGAAGAAAAUGCUGGUCCAAGCCACCAACCAGAAGAUCCUGCAGGCCAAAGACUCCUCGGGAAAAAGUAUCCAAAACAAAGCCGAGCGGACGCGGGACCUGAACGUGGUCAAAGAGAAGGUCCAUCAGCUCCUUAAGCAAAAAGUGGAAGAAGAUGAAGAAAACCAACGCAAGCAACUGGCGCAUGUUAUAAAGAUGAAAGAUCGGAAAAGCGACAAGGUCCUGAAAGAGAAGGAGGCCACCGUCGAGGAGGGGAAGAAGAUCGCCCGGGCCUCCUUUCACAUCCGAGAGAAAAUCAGGGAACGGACCAGGAGCAGAACAUUCGACCAGAUGGCUCUGGAGGCCCAGCUGAGCGCCAGCUUCCUGAGAUCCAUCCCGUAAAGUCUCCUGCCCAGUGUGGAGGGGCAAGAAAUAGCAGAUAAGGCCACGCUGAGCGGUGCUGUUUAGAGACAACCGUGCCACGCUCAGCAAAGCUCUGUGCACUAGCCUUUUUUUCUGAUGAACGGGAAUUUGUUGAGCGUGGCACGGUUUCCUCGAAACUGUACCGUUCAGCAUGGCCUGCGUGUCCUCAUGCUGGAGCUGAAGAUCCAGCGGGCCUGAAACUUUGGACUUUAUAGGGUUCUCCUGUGCCCCAGCCUUCUGAACAUCCAGUUCAGAAG